GGACAGAUGGACGGUCUGCAGGCAGACGUUGAGGUGCUGAAGGCGGCGCUGGAGCGAAACAAGGAGGUUGUGUUGGAAAAAGAGAGAGAGAUGGUGAGGAAGGUGCAGUCGGCCCGAGAGGAGGAGUUCCACAAGAUGGCCGCCUUACACGAAGAGAGGCUGGAGCUGGAGAACCGCCUGGCAGUGUUGGAACAGCAGAGGGCGCUGCAGGACUCGUCGGAUCAGACACUGAAGGAGGAGUGGGAGGAACGACUGCGCAGCGCUCAGCAGGGAGAGGAGUCGCUCCGCAGAGAGCUGCAGAACCUCAGAAACAAACUGCAGCAUCAGAGUUCACAGCUAGAGGAGCGAGAGAGACAGAAAGCAGAGAUUAUUGAGCUGCAGCAGGUGAGUCUUUUUGUUCUUUUCUUUGUUUUGAGUUGUAAUGGAUUUGAUUUCUACCCUGAAUAUUGUUUGAGACAACAGCAGAACCAAGAGCUCAGUGUCCAGCUGGGGGCGCUGUCACGCUCUGAAGGCGAGCUGAUGGACGCCAACCGGAGACUGAGGGAGACUCUGGACAGAGUGAGGGAGGAAGCGCGGGCGACCCGGGCCCAGGUGGAGCGGAGCCAGCAUGAGGCAGAGAGGUGCGGCCGCUCGCUCUCUGCCGCUUCCUGUGGGUGCAAUCUUUAGCUGCCUCCACCAAUUCCUAAUCGAUUCAUAUUAUAAAUACUUUAUUGAUCUGACAGGGAAACUAAAUGUUGCUGUAACUCAAUAUAUUCAUGAUUCUUUACAGAGUUAUUACAAAUGGUAAUGGCUGUGGGAAGGAAGAAUCUCUUGUAGCAGUCAGUAUUACAGCAAACUGAAAAGGCCUCUGACUGAAGACACUGUUUCUACGAGAACCUCAUGAAGAGGAAGGCUUCAUGAGUUCCUCUUCAUGAGGAACUCUGAUUGGGUCAUGAUUGGGUCUCUUUAACACGUUGAACAAAUUAAACUAUUACUUAGAACCUAAGUUCACCAACAGUAUGAAUG